AAGUUUCCCCCUCGUCUCAAAGUGCUACUCUUGGGCUCUAACGAUCUCACAUCAUUACUUGGUUUGGACUUCAACGAAACCCCCGAACAGCUUCUGGUGUUGGAAAAUGCCCUCAAGGUGCUUGAUUUCCGACUUCCUGACUCAUUGAAACUGGUUGAAUUGUCGGCAAAUAAUCUUGAAACUAUAAUGAAUCUCCAUCUUCCUGUGAACUACGAGGAACUAUGGUUAGGCGAAAAUCCCUUGUGCAUGCUCUCAAUACGGAACUGGCUGAAUUCACACCUUCAUCUUCGCUCGUUGCAGCUCAGUGAUACGGCCAUUUCUAGUCUGACCGAUUUGGGAGACCUUCCUUCGUGCAUUAAAGUGUUGAGUAUGAGCUACCAUUCUGAGCUCACCUCUAUAGAGAGCUUCCAGUUUCCUGGGGGGCUUGAGGUCUUGCAAGUGACUGACAGUGGGAUAAGGAAUUUGGAUGGAGUCUUUUUUUUCCCGAUCUGUUAGAGAUUAUCGACCUUUCAAGAAACUGUAUUGCACUGCUAGACGGGGUGCGUUUCCCGAGAUCUUUAAUCUCGCUUUCUUUA